AUGGACAAUGACAAUACUAGCAGCAAGAAGCAAGCAAGAAAAGAAAACAAGAUGGAUCAGGAGAAACUCAAAGAGAAAGAGGAGCAGCUACAAGCUUUAAAGAAAGGGAAGCAAAUUAUGGAGGAACCAUCACAAGAACAGAGGAAGGAAGUGAAGGCUUACACACCUCCUCUGCCAUAUCCUCAAAGACUACAAAAAGAACUCAAGGAUAAAAAAUUCCCCAAGUUCCUUGAGAGCUCAUCAACAAAAGGAAGCUGGCAUGAGAAAGAAACGGUGCUUCUGACACAAGAAUGUAGUGCUGUCAUCCAAAGAGGUCUACCACCAAAGCUCAAAGAUCCAGGAAGCUUUAUCUUAUCUUGUAUUAUAGGCAACAGAACACUGGACAAAGCUCUUUGUGAUCUAGGAGCCAACAUCAAUUUAAUGCCUCUUUCAUUAAUGAAGCAGCUUGCAAUAGAGGAACUCAAGCCAACUAGAAUGUCACUACAAAUGACUGAUAGAUCACCCAAAAUACCUAAUAGAGUUGUGGAGAAUUUGCUAGUGAAAGUAGGAGACUUCAUAUUUCCUGCUGACUUUGUUAUUUUAGACAUGGAGGAAGAAGGACACAACUCAAUCAUCUUGGAGAGGCCCUUGCUGGCCACAGCAAGGGCCAUAAUUAAUGUAGAGAAAGGUGAGAUGACACUCAGAGUGCAUGAUGAGAAGAUGAUCAUCAAUGUCUUUAAAUCCAUGAAACACCUCCCUGAGGAAGAAAAGCACAUGAGAGUUGAAAUGGUGGAAAAAGUAGAAAGGGGGUUACUUGAAGCCAACAACCAGGAGGAAAUAGAAGUGGAACAAGAUGUUAUAGAAGAGGAAGUGAUAGAAAUCUCCUCUGAAGGCAAGACAGAAGAGAAGCCAAAACAAGAGUUUAAGCCUCUUCCCCCUAAUCUCGAGUAUGUGUUUCUUGGAGAAGCAGAGGCCUUGCCAGUGAUCAUAAACUCUUCCUUGAACAUAGAAGAAGAAACAAGGCUGAUUGAAGUGUUGAAAGCCCACAAGACAGCCUUGGGUUGGACGAUUGAUGAUAUCAAGGGCAUAAGCCCUACCAUCUGUGCCACUUCCUUAUAUGGCUGGCAAAAUGAUGAACUUACGAAUAACGUUGUGCUAUUCAAGGCGGUCAUACGAGUAGCAAUCAAUGGCAUGGCGCAAGAGUCAGAAGCUGGGAAUGAGAUAUUUUGGUAUUACAUUACUUUCCAGGCAACCUUACCAGAUGUUAUUGAUGGUUUGCUGCCACCGCAUUAUCAACAGCCUCCCGCAUCAAUGUCCACUUGGAGAACAUGUCCAGAGGGCAUUGUCUAG